AUGUCUGAUUCCGACGAACCUCUUGAUCUUGUCGACGAAGGCGACGACCUUUUCGGCGAUGAGGAUGAUGCUGGCGGCUCCCCCAAUGCUCAAGUCCUGAGCGACAAGGAUCUUGAUUCGGACGCAGAGAGAGGAAAUGAUGUUGGAGGCUAUGGAAGCGACGACGAGGCCCCGCGCCACCAGGACAAAGUGAUCGCGAGUAUCCAAGUUUUCAGGCAUCGUGCGCCGAAAUCAAAAGAUGGCACGAUCCAAUCCCUUAAAGUACCCGACUUUAUCAAGUUUGUACCGGAACCUUACGAAUCCAAGACGUUCGAGCCAUCGACCUGGGAUGUCGAGAACGCGAAAACCGGAAAUAAGAAAAUUGCGGACGGGCACUCCUACGCAGCCGCAGCCCAUUUGAGCAGUGGACUGUUCCUCGUCGUGGGCCAUAUCGCCGAAGAGUACACCGUUCGUCUCAAUAAGGACCUCGAAGACGAUGCCCUACAACGGCUGGCCAUGCGCAUGCGCGAGGCCAAGGCUCAAGAUGAGGCUAGUAGAAUCAUCAAGACAACACACGACCCUGAGCUCCAGCGAAGGGUUGCUGAAAUGGCCGAGAAGGAACGCGUCAAGGCACAGAGACGUCGCGAUAAUGUGGCGGCGAAGAUGGACGGUGGUUCUCGGUAUAGCCGCGGCGGGCUCCAGAUUGAUGAUUUGGAAGGUUCUCGGCGAGCUCCAGGAGCGGGGCGUAAGCGCGGAGUGGGAGGCGGAAAGGCGAAGCGGCGUCGGCCUGACUACGACUCGGACGAUGAGCGCCCAGCUGGCGCGCGGUUCCAGGAGGAUUAUGACUUGGCGGAUGAUUUUAUCGCGCCUAGCGAUGACGAGGAAGAAGUAGAGGACGAUGAGGAGGAUGAAGAAGUGCUCGACGAUGAUGAUGACGAUGAAGAUGAGAAGCCCAAAUCCAAAAGGCCCAAGACCAAGAAAGUGUCAGAUGAGGAGGAUGCCUCUGGAGAGGAAGACGACGAUAUUGGCCCAGGCGCAUCCGGCGAUCAUUCUGGAAGGGCUAGGAGGCGCAACAUCAUCGACGAUGAUGAUGACUAG